AUGGGCAUUGAAUGGAGAAUGUUACUUAUGAAAAAGAAUGUUUGUGAAGAAGAGAGAAGUAGAAAAAAAACAAAAUCGACGUAUCGACAAUUUAUUGUUUUCAUACUUCUACUGAUAUCCUAUUCAUUACGAAGCACUGAUCUUCUAGAUCCUGGUGAUGAAGAAACAACCGUAUCUGUUUGUCAAAUCCGUGUGGAACUAGAUGGUUCGCAUACAUUCGACGAUCGAACCUUGCUAUCAAUGUUAGCAAGAUUGAAAAUACAUGAUUUCUCCAUUGGCCAGCCGGUUUGGGGUCCAUCAGAUACUGUUCUUUAUCUUUGUGAACAUCGCCUUAAAGUUGGUUUGAAACAAACCAUACUUGACAAGGAAUUGCAUCAAGUGAUGAAAAACAUUCCAGUAUCAUCAGGACGCUUAGCUUGGUCGUGUGCUUGA